AUGGAUACUAAAGUGGUGAGUCUUUUACUACUUACUGUAAUCUUAUUAUUAACUAACAAAAUUAACUCAUCUCCUAUUAACUCACAAACAGAUCAUUUUCCAAUAACAUGUGCUAAAGAUUCAUUUUUCUGUGGAGAUGGAUUGUGUAUUGAAAAGUCUUGGCAAUGUGAUGGUGAACAUGAUUGUAUUGAUGGAAGUGAUGAAGUAAAUUGUACCACAUUAAAUUCACCUGCAACAUGUGAUAGUGAUAAUGAAUUUCAUUGUUACAAACAAAAAGUAUUAAAAAUUGAUGAUCUAGCAAGAAUAUUUAGUGAUGUAAAUAUAUAUAGAAGACUUGCAUGUAUUCCAAAAGAACUUAGAUGUGAUGGAGAAUAUAAUUGUAUACAUGGUGAAGAUGAAGAUGGUUGUGAAGAUAAUAUAACCUGUACUAAUGGAAAUUUUAAAUGUUUAGAGAGUGGAGAUGGAAAAUCUACAUGUGUACCAGAUUCAUGGAAAUGUGAUGGAUCACAGGAUUGUUUUGAUGGUGCUGAUGAAAAUAAUUGUUCAAAGAAUGCUACUUGUUCCAGUAAUCAAUUUUUAUGUGACAAUGGACAAUGUGUUUACAAAAGAUGGGUCUGUGAUGGAGAGAAGGACUGUAAUGAUGGAAGUGAUGAAAAUAACUGUAAAGAUGAUUGUAAUCUUAGAACACAUUUUAAAUGUAAAAGUAAUGGUCGUUGUUUACCACUAAAUUUGCGUUGUGAUGGUGAUGCUGAUUGUAGUGAUCAUUCUGAUGAAAGUGACUGUAAUUCUUUUAGUUCACAUUUUUCAAAAAAUUGUACUUCUGGUGAAUUUAAAUGUGAUGGAGGUACACGAUGUAUCUCUGAAAAUUGGAAAUGUGAUGGUGAUGUCGAUUGCCCAGAUGGUAGUGAUGAAAAAAAUUGUAUGGAACAAACAUGUAAUGAUAAUGAAAUGAAAUGUGACAAUGUUUGUAGAUUAAAAUUAUUAUGGUGUGAUGGGGUAGUUGAUUGUAAUGAUGGAACAGAUGAAUCUAAUUGUCCUCACAUACCUAAUAAUAUAACAUGUGAUAUAACUACACAAUAUGAAUGUCCAGGUACACCAAAAACUUGCAUUGAUUAUGUUAAUCUAUGUAUAGAUGAUAUGUCAUAUAAUAAUUGCAUAACUUCUGUUUGUAAUAAAGAAAUCCAUUCUUGCAGAAAAGACUCACCAAAUUGUGAAUGCCGUGAUACCAAAUAUAAUGGAUCAAUUUGUUAUUGCAAGAGUGGUUUUGAACUUCGUGGUGAUAUUUGUGCUGAUAUAAAUGAAUGUAGUACUGAAGGAAUCUGUGAUCAAAUAUGUUAUAAUUUACCAGGAUCCUAUAAAUGUGACUGUUAUCUUGGAUUUAAACUUGUUCCAGUUGACAAUAAAACAAUCAUUCCUCAUAAAUGUCGUGCUUCAGGAUCAAAUCCAUUAUUGCUACUAACAAACCGUGCUUCAAUAAGACAGUAUGAUAUGACAAAACACAUCAUCACUCCAGUCAUUUCAUCUUUAAAAUCAGCUGUUGCAAUGGAUUAUUGGCACAAGAAUGGUAUUAUUAUAUGGUCUGAUUUGAUAGGUGAACGUAUUAUGGCAUGUCAAAUGGAUCAUAUAGAACCAACUUAUAAUAUUAAUAAAUGUAGUAGUGGAAAUGGAACAAUGCUUGUAAAAGGUGUUGUUAAUGCUGAUGGUCUUGCAAUAGACUGGGUUCAUGGUUUAUUGUUUUGGACUGAUUCAUUUAGAAAACAAAUCAGUGUUAUUGAUAUUAAAACUCGUAAAAGUAGAGUUCUCUUCAAUACAUCUCUUGAUGAACCUAGAGCUAUUGCUGUUGAUCCAUCUGUAGGAUUAAUCUUUUGGACAGAUUGGGGUAAACAUGCUAAGAUUGAACGUUCUGCAAUGAAUGGAAAUUAUAGGCAAGUUAUUGCAUCUGGAGAAAAUAUUAAAUGGCCAAAUGGUUUGGCUCUUGAUUUAUUGGAAAAAAAAGUUUAUUUUGCUGAUGCAAAAAUUAAGUCAAUAUCUUCAAUGAAUUACUUUGGAAAUGGUUUACGUACAGUUAUUCAUUCUCAUGAAAAACUCAAUCAUCCCUUUUCUUUAGCUGUAUUUGAAGAAAAGUUAUAUUGGACUGAUUGGGAUAAGGAAGGAAUUGUUUCUGCUAACAAAUUUAAUGGAAACGAUGUUUCAGAGGUUCUGGAACAUGUAUCUUCACCAAUGACUGUGAGAAUUUUCCAUGAAACUGUCCAACCAGAUCAUCCAGAUAAAUGUAAGACACAUAGAUGUUCUGAUCUUUGUCUGCCAAAGUGUCAAUCUUUCUUUGUACCAUAUGGUGUAGAAACUGUUUUUGAUGGAUUAAGUUAUUCAUGUGUAUGUAGUGAGGAGUCUACUCUUGUAAACGGAACAUGUCAAGCUGAUGUUGAUUCUAUUGUUAAUUUUGUUGAUAAACAAAAUCAAGAUGAAGCAUUAAUAAAUGGAAUGUUGGUAUUUGUUGUACUUAUUAUUAUUAUAUCUUUAAUUGCAAUUUCUUUGUAUUUCUACUAUUCAUACGAUCAACCUUCAAGAACAAAAAUAUUAAGAUAUAGUAAUCCAAUAUACAAAUCUACAACUGAGAGAAGAUCUCAGGAUAUGGAUGGACUUUUAAAUCUAGGUGUUCUGGAUACAACAAAUAAUUAUUCAAACCCAAUGGUUUCAUUAACUGAGCACCAAAAUAAUCAAUACAAUAUAAAUAAUCCAAUGGCUUUUUCUAAUCCUACAUAUGAAGCUAGAUGA